GCAGUUGAGCUUUUCACCUGCUCGGAGACCCAUUGCCUGUCCCCCCGCAGCUCCACCCGGGCCUGGCCUGGCGCGCGGGGGCUUCUGUGCCCUCCUUGCUUGGUUGAUCAGCAGCCCGAAUGACUGCUGCCCCGCGCCCUGGGAACACAGAUUCUCAGGAGAGGUAGGCCACCAUAUCUGGGAACUACAGUCUACAUUUGGAAGCAAAAAAGUGGGUAUAAAAACCCACUAGGAACCUCGAAGAUGGCCUUUUCCAUGGGUGCUGGAGCAGCAGUUUCCAAUGAAGAACCAGCAGCUGACUUGGCUGUUAAAAGCGUUAGCCACCAAAUUCCAAUUAAUCAUAAUGACUUCAUAAUUUUAAAAAAUCUGGAGAGCCAGCUGUGCAAAGUCCUGCUGGCUAAGUUUGGCUGUACCUCCACUCUGAUCUCUCCAGGCCUGGAAAGGAACAGCCAGCCUCUUGCUCAGCAAGUAUUCAGAAAAAGGCUGACCUGUGGAACAGUGCUGUCUGUCUGGAAGGAUGACCUCACUAGACAUGCCGUUGAUGCUGUGGUCAAUGCAGCCAACGAAGACCUUGUACAUGGCGGGGGCCUGGCGGGGGCCCUCGUGAAAGCUGGUGGCUAUGAAAUCCAAUUAGAGAGCUCAGAAAUUGUGGCCACAUUUGGUAGAGUACCAACUGGUGAAAUAGCUGUCACUGGAGCAGGGCGGCUUCCCUGCAGGCUGAUUAUCCAUGCUGUUGGGCCCCGAUGGAAGUCAGUGGAUUCACAGGGAUGUGUCAAUAAACUGCAAGAAGUGACUUUCAGAAUUCUGCACUAUGUGACCUAUGAAAAUACAGACAUUAAGACAGUUGCAAUUCCAGCCCUGAGCUCUGGAGUUUUCCAGUUCCCUCUGCAUCUGUGUACAAGCACUAUUGUAGAAAAUAUUAAGUUGUUUCUUCAAAGCAAACAAGCAGGUAAUUUGAAAGAAAUUCAUCUGGUAAGCAAUGAGGAUUGCACUGUGGCUUCCUUUAAGGCUGCUUCAAAAACCAUCUUAGGGAAGAAUGAGCUGGGCCGCAGGAUGAGUCCAGAAACCACGCCUCCUGUCAAUAUUCAAACAGUCCAGAGUCUGAGUCUGCAGAUUGGCCCGGGCCGCGUUGAACAGCAGAUGACUUUCAGUGCUGAAAUGGAGAAGAAAUCAGAGAUGCCAAGUUUCAACAGUCACAGUGGCCCCCACCAGUGGACAAGAGAGAAACAAAGAGAAAAUGGACUUACAGAUGGAUCUCCUGGAAUCAGUCUUAAAGGAUUCGACAAGGAAGAUAUGUACGAGGCUGAGGCAUGGAUCCGAAAGAUACUGACCCCCCAGGACCACUACAUCAUUGAGAAUAAUCAUAUUCUGUACCUUGGGAAAAAGGAACAUGAAUUUUUGUCUGACCUUCAAACAACCUCAAGUGUCUGCAUCUUAGAAGUUAUCAGUCCAGAAAAGGCCACGUUGGACAUUAAAGGAGCCCGCACUGACUGCAUCGAGGUGGUUUUGAACAUUGAAUGUAUGCUGUGUGAAGUUCAGGAGGAAAUCGCAAGAAAAAAGGAGCAAGGCCUUAGGAGUUUGUCAGGACAGUGGAUUGAUGAGCAAGGAAAACCCCAAGAUGAAAUGGAUCAAAAAAAGAUCCUCUCUCUGCGAUCCCCAGUGUUCUUUCCAUCGCAAGAACUUCAGGAUCAGAAGAAACGGUUUGAAAAAUGUGGUUUGCAGGUUAUAAAGGUGGAGAAGGUAAAAAACGUGGUUCUUAUGAAUGCCUUCCAAAGAAUGAAGAAAAUGAUGGAAGGGAGACCCUGCCGGGAUCCUGUGAGCCGCAGGCUAUUCCAGCAAGUUCCUCGUCAGUUCUGCAACCUCGUUUGCAGAGUCGGCUUUCAGAGGUUGUACUCAGAGCCCUGCGACCCAGAAUAUGGAGCUGGCAUAUACUUCAUUGGGAGCCUCAAAAAGCUAGCAGAACAAGUGAAGAAAAACCCUGCCACUGAUAAGUGGAUCUAUGUGUUUGAGGCUGAAGUACUCACAGGCUCCUUCUGCCAGGGUCGUCAACGAAAUUUUGUCCCUCUACCACCACGUCCCGGAACCAUAGGUGGUUAUGACAGUAUGGUUGAUAAUGUGUCCAGUCCUGAAACCUUUGUUAUUUUUAGUGGCACACAGGCUAUGCCUCAGUAUUUGUGGACAUGCAUCCAGGAUCACGCGGGGUCAAAGGAGUAUUCAUCAGGACGAGGAGAAUUUCAUAUCAGCCUGUCACAAUUCUCGGGAGGCAGCUCUGUUGACUAAUCCUGAUAUUAUUUUUUGAUCCUGAUAUUAUUUGAAGGACUCACAUGGCUUUGCUUUAGGGGAAACAACUAAAUCAUAACCAUCAAUGACUCCAAGAGUGGUUUGAGUAUUGCAAAUGGGCUGUCUGUUUGGAUUGACUGGGUUACUAGAGAGACCAGCUGUGUAGUAAGAUCUUAGUGCCUUCAACCAUGCCUGUAUUUCCUGGGUCUGGGUUGAACAGACACCAAUCAAAACACUCUUGAAACUGUUCCUUUUCUUAUUAUUUUAUCUCUUUUACUGUAGGUAACAGUGAAAAAUUUUUAAAUGUAAUGAAAUUUUUCCAGAAUAAAUCCAAGCCAUUUAUUUGCUAAAUUUAUGAUGAUAUAAAAUAUAUGACAGCUUCUAGGGAAUUUUAUGAAGUGCUUUAAAAAUCAAAAUAAAUUACCUUUGAGUA